AUGGACACCAAAAAGAACAUUGUAAUCCUAAAAACGACAGAUGACUGGAGAAAAUGGAUCGAACAGCUUAGCACGGAGGCAAUGAAGGAGAAUGUAUGGGAAUAUAUCAACCCUGACCCAAACCGGAUGGUACUUGAGCCCGCACCAGCCAAGCCCAUGGAGCCAGUUGCGCCUGAGAUAGACUUCAAUAAAACGAGUGAAGCGCAGCUGUUGUUGCAGAAAUAUCAGAUUGAAUCCAAUACAUACGAGCGACAACUCAGUCGGUUUGAGAAACACCAAAAGCGUAUGAAGCAUAUACAUUCUUAUAUUCUCGACACCGUGUAUAUUGGACACAAGCCUAUGAUUCGAGAAAUUAGCGAGGUUUCUGAAAUAAUCCGAGAGCUUAAGAAAAAGCUUGCUCCAAAACCAAACCGGGAGAAAAUCAAAAGAAUUAAUUCAGAAAUGCGAGAUUUGAUAAUUGACAUGAGAUUCGCCAAAUUCACUGAAAUUCCAGACGACAGAUUAGCUAGGGACUUCAUCAAAACAACAGAGGAUAUCUUAACCAAAUUCUAUGAGACAUGGACCACACGUAUGAUAGAAUUCGACCUUGAUUCUGGAGCCACCAGUCUAAUAGAGGCACCAACAGUUGACGAAAUUAUAAGUCAAUUUGAACGAUGGGAAGAGGUGUAUGCCAAAUCCAACGAAACUUCCAGACGAGAUAUUGCCAUGGCGACAUUUGGUAAUAAAUCCGACCAGCCUGAGAAGGAUCAAAAGGACCUAACAACACCUAAGCAGAAGCCGACCUGCGUAUGCGGUCAGGAACAUCUGUUUGAAGAUUGCCCAUACGUGAACACGAAGAAACGUACCGCCAACUGGAAACCAGACGGGGCCAUACAACGAAAAUUCGAGCAACUAGAAAGACGUCAUGGACACCCUAGAGCUAGGAUGCUCCAACGAAUCAAGAAAAAACUAGAAAAGGAAGGCAAAAGUGAGACAAAAGCCUCAUCUUCAACUGAUGCUAUGAACGACAGUGCAAAUCAGAGUCAAUUUAUUCCUCACCCAGAUUGUACGCUCCUAUCAGAGCCUAACCCCGUUCGGACUAGUACCAAAAGAUUCCAAUACUGGGGAGAUAUCACGUGA